UUACCAACUUUAUUUCCUUCAUCCAUAUCUCCUCGCCCCGGAUUGAACCGUCCAAGUCUGUCUGGUAGAUCAUUCUUCGGUUGGAGAUAAUUGCCGGAUCUACCCGCGAGCUCCUAUUGUUAUUAAUGUUGUUUCAUUAGAGACACGCGGGAUCGCAGAAUUCAGGGUGAUAUAGUUUGUUGGAAUCAACUUUGGAUCUCUAUUCUCCCAUAUGGAGGAGUUGUUUAAAUGUUUCUAAACUGAAUAUUUUGUUUUGUCCUUAGCAAUUAUUUUUAUUUCUAGUCACUCGUUUUGUUAGCCAAUUGAAACUUAUCAAAAUGGCUUGCACACUCCUUUUCCAACUUUUUCUUCUCGUAAACACUACAUUCGCUUUCGUUCAUCCUGGCCUCCUUGUGUCUGAGACCGACAUCACACGCAUCAAAUCUAAACUCACCCAAAAACUCGAUCCAUGGCAAAGCUCAUGGGAUAAACUCACCAGCAUUUCCUACGGCCAAUCAAACUACACAAACAAUGCUGUCGCGCGCGUUUAUCGCGAUGCUACUGCUGAUAUAACCGCCAACGCCGAGCUCCUCUGGCACGAUGCUGCUGCGGCUUUCGCACUUGGAUUGCGCUGGAAAAUAGAGGGAGAUGUUCAGUAUGCUGAAGCUGCUGCGGCCAUCCUCACUGCGUGGGGAGAAAAGCUAGAGAAUUUUGAUGAUGAGGGUAUGGAUGAUCAGUAUCUUACAACUGGUUUGCAAGGUCAUGAAUUGGUUAAUGCUGCAGAACUCAUCCGAGAUUAUGCUCCUUUUGCGGAGAGCGGUUUGGCUACUUUCACUGCCAUGUUUGAGAGGACUUUCUUGGCUAAGAAUCUCUAUUUCCUCAACCAUAGCGCUGGAUCCGAACACAAUGUCAAGCAUUUCUUUGCCAACUGGGAACUUUGCAAUAUGGCCUCUGUGAUGGCAUUUGGUAUUUUUACUGACAAUUCCACUCUAUUCGACUACGCAAUCGAUUAUUUCAAGACUGGAUCUGGAAAUGGUGGAAUCAACAAUUGUAUUUCGAAUCUCGUUACCGAGCCAGAGACGGGGAAAAUCAUGGGACAACCCCAAGAAGCUGGACGUGAUCAAGGACAUACCGGUCUCGAUUUUCAGUUGCUUGGCGUUCUUGCCCAGCAGGCCUGGAAUCAGGGCGAGGAUCUGUAUGGUUUCAACCAUAGCAAGAUUUUACUAGGUGCCGAAUACUACGCGCGUUACAACCUCAACAACGAUGUUCCCUUUGAACCCUACACCAACGGCAUAGUAUCCUUCACCGAAGUCAGCGACGAUUCGCGCGGCUCCUACCGUCCAACAUGGGAAUUACUCUAUGCACAUUACGGACAAAUCAAAGGCGUCGAUGCACCCUGGACAAAAAAAUAUAUGAACUACACCGUCACCACGAUGGGUGGUUUCGAAGGCGGAGCUGGCUCCUGGGGCGAGGGAUCAGGUCAUUACGAUGGGCUUGGAUGGGGUUCUUUACUUUACCAUUUGGAUCCUGAGGAUAUCGCCACCGCGGGUAAUAAUUCUCUCGUGGCUUCGAAUUCUACGAGCACCACUAUGGCUUCUGUUUCCAUAUCGACUAGCGCUUCGAGCUCGACAGCUGCUGUGGCAUAUUCGAGCUCUGUUACUUCGAAAAAAUCAAUCGCAACUACACUUUCAGUAGCUAGUUCUGCUAAUACUCUACAAACCAUUGUUAUUCCCACAACAUCAGCUUUUGAUACCGCGUCCCCAACUCUCACAAGCGCAGCCGUAGUUUCAACUUCAACUGCAACUGAAGACGAGGGAGAAGAAGAUGAUGACGAAUGCUUUGAAAUGGAGUAGAUGUGGGUGCUGGUGCGCCUCGUAACUGCGAUCAAUCGAGCCGGUUUGUAUUCCACGUGUAGGUAAAAUUCUUGUUCUCUGUACAUAAAUUUGUAGAAAUUCACAAUUGUUAUACUUCUGUGUGAAAUUGCACUGAUUGAAGUGGCUAUUAGCUGUACACGUGUUUGUGAUAUAGCUCUAUAUGUAAAUAAUUUAGAGAUAAAU